ACACACACAUGCGCACACAGAGCCUCCUCCUCUCUUCUCCUCAGACAGAAGCUGUGUUUCACUUCAACCACAGACGUUUGGAUUUAAAGUGAAAUAUGUUGUUGUUGUUUUAAUCCUUUGAAACUCUGAGUGAGGACGUAAAUGAAGUGGUGAAGCAGCAGUUUGUUGUGGAUGAGGUUCAUGUUUUCAUGUUUGGAGACGAUUGUUCCGACGCUCUGACCGUUGACCUCUGUCAGACGCUGCAGUCACAGAGCAGCUCCUGUUCGUCUCAAAGGUGGAUCAGCGCAUCCAGCAGUGACUGCAGUGGACAGCAGGUCCCACAUGUGUCAGACAGGAUGUUUCUGUGGUCAGCAAACAUCAGAUCAGAAGGAAAAGGUGAACGCAGAACCUUCUACCGCAGGAUCUGCGAGUUGGAGACUCUGGACAAGAAGAAGAGGGUGACAGCUCUGAGCGCAGGAGAGGACAGAGCCAUACUCCUGGGCGUCAUCAUGAUCGCCUUCUCUGCCAUGAUGUACUUCAUCGUGGGAAUCACCAUACUGCGCUCCUACUCUGACAGCGUGUGGACGGAGAAGGCCAGCUGCACCAUCCUCAACUCCACCAUCAUGUGGGACGUGAACUGUUCGUACGGCUGCGGAGCAGAGUGCUGGGAGACGUCCCGUUAUCCCUGUCUCCAGGUCUACGUCAGCGUCUCGGGGAAAGUGGUGCAACUGCUGCACAACGAGGAGACGCAGGAGAGCAACUCUGAGUGCUUCUACAUCCCAAAGUGCAUUAAAGACUAUUCUGCCACACACACCGUAGUUCAGAACAUUUCUGAUCGUCUGAGGUCUCAGCACACCGUUGACUGCUUCGUGGACCCAACGGACAAAAUGGACUGUGCCAUUCUGACCCAGAUCUAUGGCUCAGUCACCGUCUUCCACUCCCUGCUCUGGCCGACCUGCACCUUGAUCGGGGGAAUUUUCAUCAUUGCCUUGGUGAAGAUAACCCAGUGCAUGUUCCAUCAUGUGUGAGGGAACAAGCUGUUUUAGGAACGUGAAGGUUAUACAGACCCUAGAAUCCUGGAUUGAAGGACAACUGAAGCAGCUAAACCAGGACAGACGUGGUCUCUCUGUGACAGCUGGGAUUCAGAGAAGGUGACAGUGGUGACAGGAUCCAGAUCUGAAGAUAAACUCAUGAUGGUUUGAAGCCUGAAACUAGUGGAACCUGCAGGUGGUUGAAUCUCACUCACAAUCUGUAAGAUUAGGAUUAUUUCAGGGUGGUUUGUUUUCACCUGUCUCUGGUUCUUUGAUUGGUUAGUUGAAUGGACGGUUGGAUGCAUAAAUGGUUGGCUGGUGGGUUGGCUAAUUGGAUGGAUGGUGGGUUUGUUGGUCAGCCUGGGUCAGUUGGUCACUUUGGAUGAAUGGUUAGUUGGUUGGUUGGAUGACUGGUUGGUUGGUGUGUCAGGAGAAUUAUGCAAAAUCUGCCAAACUAUUUUGCACCAAUCUGAAAUUCUUUUACAAAUCAUUGAGGUUCUCACACCUUUUACUGUAUUUAUUAAAUUUUUACUUCUACUAUUAGAUCUUUAAGAGGAGGAUCUUUGGUAAACUCAGUGUGUGAACUGACUAAUAAACGUCAAUAUGAAAACACA